CAGUAAGGUCGCUUGGGCGCGCCUGCAAUGAGCAGUCACCUUCGCACUGGGUUGUCAUGACGCCCGGCGUCAAGCGCGAGAUCGGGCUCACCUGGAUUGCGAUUCCAACAACACUUGGACUCGGCCGCUAUUUCAGCUCGACUACCAAUCGACCCUCAACUGACUUCUCCAUGGCAGAACCCACUGCAGACGACAAUACAGCGAUGGAACGCAGAGACUCUUCCCCGAACUCAACCUCGUUCAACCACCACCAGGUUCUCCCCAGCGUCUUCGUAUGCAACCAAGGCAGCAACUGUGAAGUGAAUGGACGAAGCCUGCGCUUGUCAAGAUGCACAUUACGCGCGCGCAGACCGGGUCUGCAGCACAGAGACUCUCCCCGAAUUCCACCUACCGGACCUGAAAAAGUAUCUCUGUAUGUCUGGCUCGAUAUCUGGGCACAAUGACGCUCCUCGCCGCCUCCACCGUCCAGCUCGUCUUGCUCAGCACAGAGCAGACUCAAGCCUGCCAGUGCCAGCGUGCUUAUGCCGUGUUCUUCGGGUUUCUGCUUGCUCGAACUGUGGCCACGUCGCGGUGGAGCUUCUGCUUGUUUGGAAAAGCAGCGCAGAGCCUGGCUGGACGGUCUGGGCCGUUCCUCGCUGUAGAGCCACCACGGGGGCUGGCCAAGGUGUGCUCCAUUCGAUCUUCUGCCGGCCAAUUCCCUCUGUGGCUACGACCCCAAGAAUCUGUAUCUGUAGAGUUCACAGGCAGGCGUCGUUCUUCGGCUUAGUACUCCACAUACAUACUUGACAUCGCCCUAGCGGACGAACAUAUCGUUCCAAACCCUACCUAACAGCCCACAGAACGAGGAGUCACAGAGUCUCAAGGACUAACAUAACCUCGCUUGAAUCUUGAU